GCUAGUUAGCUUAAGUUGUUCCUGUUAGGUAAGCUGAGCCAGACCAUAGUGUAGUACGUAUACUGUGACUGUCAGAGUGUCAUUAUUCAUCAUUAGUAUUCAUCACUACUGGUAUGUAUAUGUACCACUAUAUGCGAAGCUUUUAACUGGCUCGCUUUAUUCAGAAAAAAUUAAAGGCCGAAAGCCAAGGCCUUUCUAUCUCUCUGCACCAUAUAUCAUUAAUUUCAUAUAGGGUCACUUCAUAUAAAUUUGGAUAUCUUGGCACAUGUAUCGUCUUUUUUUAACCCCACACCCCCACAUUUUUGCAUAUAUGUCACUCAUAAUCAAUUUUGCUUUCUUCUGUCACCCUUAGAUACCUGCCAAUACCAAUUAAACUCCAUGCUUCAUUCAAACCCUUUUACCGUCAACAAAUACCUUCUGAACACUCGCUCCUACGAACAUUGUGCUGUUCCUUCUUUACCACAUUUUGAUGUUAGCUGGUUUUCGCUCUAACAUAUAAAUUCUCUUUUCUUUUUUUUUUUUUCACCUUUGGCACUUUUUUUCCCUCCCUCUCCACAUCCCUGGUCCCUACUUUCUUAAUAUCAGAUUUGUAUAAUUCACAACCUACAUAGGUCUCUCUAGCUUACUCUAUACUACCUUGAAGCAUAUCUUCUUCAUUUUAUUAUCCUUUCCUUGAAAAAGAUAUUAGCAUGCCUUCAGAGAGAACUAGUUUAAGUAAGAAUUCUCAAAUAAUGCAAACUAUGAUCAAAACCAAGAAGCACCUUGCAAGACCUAAUUCGAUGUUACUGAAAGAUUACCUGAUGAGGGACGACCUGAGCUCCUGCUCAUCCAACGGUUUUAAAUCGUUCCCGCGCCGACAAUGCUGCAGCACUGCCGUUGGAUUCCUUGUGGCGGAGAAAGAUCUCAAACGCCACAACAGGAGGAGGAGGAGGAGGUCGAGGAGGAACAGCACUACCACACUCUUACCUCCUCGUUCUUCUUCUUCUUCUUCUUCUUUGUCGGUUCUGCAGAGAGCUUCGGAAGCUGUAAUCAAGGCCAUCAAGUCACUACCACACAAGAGUACCAGAUCCCGGAAAGACGGUUCUGGAAGCGUUUUUUCUAGAAGCUUCUCAAGGAAGCUGCUGAGUAGAAGCUUCUGGAGGAAAGCGGCAGCGAAGGACGAGGAAGGAGGAAGAACUCAGAGAUGGAUAAGGACUUCAUUCCGCGAGUUGCUUAUGCAGGAUCCGGACAAAACGGCGUCGUUGAACGAGGAUAGCGCGUUCACUACAAAUGCCGCAGCCACCACCACCACUACUUCCUCUUCUUCUUCUUCUUCAGGUUGUGGCAGUAACAGUAGCUGGGAAGAGAGCGAGUUCACAUUUUCGUCUUCAAGCGCUGCUUCUUCUUCUUCCGCCGCCGAAAACGACGUCGCUCAGGCUACAAAAGACCCCCCUCCGACCACUGGCAAGAUACACCAGGAGAGAACAACGGAUUGGCCAAACGAGGAGAAAGAACAAUCAAGUCCUGUAUCUGUACUAGAUUGCCCCUUCGAAGAUGAUAACCAAGGAAGCGAACAGAAGCACAUGCAAGAGAAGAGAGGGCACUUUAAAGGCAUGGCUUCAGUGAAGCCAGUGUCCCUGGAGAAAUUGAUGUCAAUGUCAGAACUGGACGAUGAUCAUGAACAUUAUUGUUCAGUAGUAUCGGUACCAAUUAAGCAUGAUAACAACACCAAAAAAGAUGGCAACAGAGUAGAGGAGAGUGCGCGAAACCUUCUCAACUUCUUAUUGCUUAAAACAUCACCCAACUGUUUGAUAGUUAAAGCAGAGAACCUGUUGUUUGAUUACUUCAAACAAAGUAUUAUCAUCGGAGAAAACAACAACAAUAAUGAUGAUUUAUCAUCGUCAAAGGAGCUUGAGAUUUGCAAGGUGGCCGAGGAUUGGGUUCGUGGGAAUCCACAAGAGUUAUAUUUGGGUUGGGAAGUGAAUAAAGGAAGAGAAAUGUACAUUAGAGAAAUGGAAAAAUGUUUAGAGUGGAGAAACUAUGACAGACAACAAGUGCAACAUUUGGCCAUUGAGCUUGAAACCGAGGUCUUCACUACUUUAGUUAACGAGCUCCUACUUGAUCUGUGGAUUUGCUAGCUAGCUAGCUAGUUACUUCAAUUAUGAAGAGUUAUAAUGUUUCUGACAAUCUUUUUUCUUUUUUCUAAUUCAUGUUUGUAUUCAUCUCUUCCCUUUCUCGGGGAUAGGAUACAUAGACGGCUAAAUUUUGGAACAAUGUUCGGGGCUCAAUUUUGGAUACUUAAUUUGGUCAUAUUUG